AAGAGCGGAGGGUUGCAGUGAUCGCUAUGAACACUGGCUACACGGCACUGGCACCGGAGAGUGCUGGUGAGCUCAAGCUGCCGCUGUCUGAUAAUGAGACAGAUAUGGACUAUUGGCAUGAACUUAUUAGAGCAUACAACAUAAGGCCACUGAGCAAAGAAGGAUACUUCUGGACCGGCAUUUAUUUAGUUAUUGUUGGCACCACUGCAACGGUAGGAAACGCCCUUGUCAUUCUCACGUUAUGCCGGAACCGGAAGUUGCGCAGAAAACCUCACAACCAACUGCUUUUCAACCUGGCAAUAUCCGACAUUGGGAUUUCUAUUUUUGGAUACCCUUUGACAACCGCCUCUAGUUUCGCAGGUCGCUAUUUGUUUGGUCGUGUGGGAUGUCUUAUACAGGGGUUCACCUGCUUCACCUUGGCACAGGCCAACAUCAAUACACUGGCAUUCCUCAGUGUCUAUCGCUAUGUGUCAGUGUGCUAUCCAGAACACAGUUACUAUUUAAACUUUGUUACCAGAAAAGUAAUCGUGUGUUUGUGGGUGUACGCACUCAUGUGGACGUUACCGCCGUUGAUGGGGUGGAGUUCCUACACCUUUGAGCCUUUCGGUACCUCCUGCAGUGUGGACUGGGCUAGCAAAGACAAGGGAUCCAUAGCGUACACCUGGUGCCUCAUAGUGUACUGCUACACCAUACACAUUGUGUUGAUGGCCUUCUGUUACUACAAGAUUGUGAAGAAAGCCUGGUCAGUGCGCGUCAACUUGACCACUACUGUCAUAGCAGGACUCAGGCUUAGUGAAGGAGCGUUUCUUCAUAAGAUGAGGAGGGAGAGAAGAGUGACAAUGAUUGCUCUGGCCAUAACCACAUCAUUCAUCCUGCUGUGGUCACCCUACACCCUCGUGUCCUUGUGGUCAGUGUACAGCAACAACCUGCCCGUCUGGGUCAUGACUCUGCCCACCAUGUUCGCAAAAGCCUCCUGCAUGAUCAACCCACUUCUCUACUACUUCACCAACCCCAGCUUCAGACGCAACAUCACCAUCCUCUUUGCAAGGGGCAACCUUGGACCAAACAUUGGGAGGAGGCCUCUGUACAUGUAUCGAGUGGACACAACCAAGGAUGACAUCUACAUUGGGCGACAGAUGCUGAACAGGAGAUAUGAAUCUAUCAUGUUCUGAACAUUUGAAACACAUUCCAUGGAGAUGUACAGUACUAUUCAAAUCAUACGUUCCCACUAUUACAAGGCUGGUAGUACACUACUAUUCAAAACAAACCUUCCUUCGGCAACAUUCUUUUAUUUCCCGAGUUUGUAUCUUACACGAGUUUAGUAAAAUCAGUGUGAUACACAUGCGAGUGUUAGGAUUUCUUUAUUACCCAAUAUAAGAUAGCUACGCGAUAAAUCGCAAAGAACAAUGAAGAACGAAGCGCGGUUUAUUUCAUGAUAAAACAUGGAUAUUCGAAUAUGCCCUCGCUUCUUGAUGACAUCAUAAAUUGGACGACGCAAUUUUUGAUAGGGAAAUGUCUGGUAAGCUGUUCCCCAUAAAUGCAGCUUGGGAAUGUAGGUAAACGCAGUGGCCGAACGAUCGCAUCCAAAAGAAGGCGAGAUAAUGUGGGAAAUAGCAAAGUAACCCUCUCUCCAUCCCUCGGAAUUAAUAUGGACUUGUCCGACAUUGCCGAGGUCGGAUUGUAUUCCGGGAGUUAUCCUUAUUUAAAUACGGGUAAAUAGUUUUGGAACUUGUACGUUUUAUCAACAUCCUUACAGAGGCUGUACUGAAUGUUGAGCUCAUAUAACAAAUUAACGACUCGUGGUCGUUGUUUAUCAUACAACAAAACACUGCAGGGAGAAUACACCACUCGGGACUGCGACCUUUCGUCACGCAAAUAUUCAAAUGACGUCACCAAUGACGUCCGGAUUACGUAAACAAUAUACUGCUGCGCGUGUAGUGAUAUUUGCACUAAUGCACAUGCGAUAAUAUGAACUCGGUCAUUUUAAACCCUAUGGGUAAUACAUGGAGGAUAUUUCAUGUUUCGAGUGAACUAUCAUGU